CUACUAUACUGGAAUCCUCGGUUAGUCACAGAAACUAAAAAAGUGUAUAAUGUUAUGGACCUAUUUCUCUUAAAAGCUCCGUUUUUCAUAACAGGUAUGAUAGGUUUAACUGCUUAUGCCGGGUUUUACGAGACAUAUUCACCUAAAAAAGGAGAAACAGUGUUUGUCUCUGCGGCUUCUGGUGCGGUUGGACAGCUCGUGGGUCAGUUUGCUAAGUUGAUGGGCUGCUAUGUUGUUGGAAGUGCCGGAAGUAAACAAAAGGUUGAUCUCCUGCUGAACAAAUUUGGUUACGAUGAAGCAUUCAAUUACAAGGAAGAGCCUGACCUUGAAGAGGUUCUUAUUUGGUGUUUCCCAAAAGGUAUUGACAUAUACUUUGAGAACGUGGGAGGCAAAAUGCUUGAUGCGGUUCUACUUAACAUGAAACCGAUAUAUGGCAGAAUCGCUGUAUGUGGGAUGAUCUCUCAGUGCCAUCUUGAAACCAGAGACAGGUUACAGAAUCUACCUGACAUCAUAUUCAAGAAGAUAAGGAUGCAAGGGUUUGCUGUUUAUGACUUCAUAGUCAUAGAUAGAUUCCCAAAGUUCUUGGAGUUUGUUAUUCCCUACAUAAAAGAAGAGAAAUUAACAUAUGUGGAAGACAUUGUUGAAGGACUCGAGAACGGUCCUGCUGCUCUUGUAGGACUUCUCCAUGGACAAAACGUUGGUAAGCAAGUUCUCAAGGUUGCUUGAGAGUGAAGAAAUCUAUCAUGUAUCAUGUAUCAUUUAUGGAUAUGUAACAAUCUGUACUAAGAGACUCUUAUGGUUCGUUCUUAGCUUAUUUUCCAAUCAAGUAUCAACUACCUUGUAUUUCGUAUUUUAAAGUAUGGGGUUCUCAUUGGAAUUU